GACAGCAAAGAGAAACGCCAAAAUAACCGCAGCUAAGCUCGCAUUUCGCAUUCUACUUUUCGCUUUUCCCUUAAACGUAUUAACAUAUCGUGAGUGCGUUAUUUUUCUCAUAUUUAUAUAGAAAAUGUCAUAAUUAAUUAAUAAAACUAUUGAAAAAGUGAAAAACAAUCACUAAAGUAAGUGGGUGCAGUGAAAACGGCAUGAAAAUCGUCCAGAAAGUGUGUCAAAUCGACGAAUGAAAAUCGAAAAACCUGCUUACAGUGAAGGUAGUGAGAAAAAUUUUCAUCUUUUCGUAUACACGAGUAAACGAGUAUGUUCGUACGUAGCGAGAGUGCGUGUGAUUGUGUAUAUUUUUGUGAGUGAAUUUUUGGUUUGCGCGAAUGGUAACAGCGAGAGCGCAAAACCAACGAGAAAAACGAAAACAAACUACAUAAAUGGUAAAUGGGUUGAGAAUGCGAAACGGUAGUGAAGUGUACGAAAUAUAGUAAAAAAUCAAAUAGUGUAUAAAGAGAAUUUCAAUGAAAAUAUAAAAUAAAAUGUUGACAACAAAUAAUAUUUUUACUGUGCAGACAAAACUAAUUUGCAGCGCAACAACAAAGACGCAAUUUUCGGAUUAAAGCAGAAGAUAACUAUCAAAAUCACAUCAGGUGUUUGUCACAAUACAGAACUCGAAAAAACAAAUCCCCAGAAAGAGCUCAAUAAACGCUUAAAAAUCUCGAAGCCGAAAAAGUAAUAUGGUCAAAAUGUGAGGCAACGAAAGAGGCAAAAAACAAGUUAAGAUCUCGCUAAAAAUGCAUAAGCGCAAGAGAGCAAAGUGAAAAGAAACAUUAUUAAAAAAAGUAAACACAGAAUAAGAAACAGAGAGAGAGAGCGUGCGGUGGAAGGAGAAAGAAGCAACACCAACAGAAAGCAGUGAAAAAGUAGCAGCGAAAUUCGAAAAGAAUUUGCGAAUACGCCAUACCGAACAAGAACAACAACACGUCCAACCCAGUCCUUGUGCAGUCAGCCGUACAGGCACACAGAGUCUCGGUUUACCCUCAUUGCGUAUCCCCUGAAAUUACACGCAUGCAAUUCUGCGACAUAUACGAAGAUACGUAAACGGCAACAACAGAAAACAACAACGAGCUGUCAUAAAGCCAAGACCACGAAGAUGCAAAGGAAAGCAGCAACGACGGUGUGAAGCGUCCCGAUUUUAGAGCAAAGAAAAUUCCAACUACAACAACAUCGAAAAGCAGACGCGGUCGGUCGUGCCUGCAACAAUAGUGAAACGUAAAGAAAAAUAUAUAAAUUGCUUGUUUGGGUGUGAGAGCGCGAACAGAGCACUGCUGAGACGCCACUAUAAAAGUCAUCGUGCUUAUACUCACACCUCAGCUGCAGCUGCAACAACGGUGAGGAAAAUUAAUUUUUUCCCUAAACAUUGCAGAGCAUAAAACAGGUAUUGUUUUCUACGAAACUAGGGUGAAACGCGAGCACGAGCUGCACAACUAGCAACGUGUCAAAGUAGAUACCAACUACGGAGAGAAGGUGAGUGAAGAAGAGCGCGCGCCAUAUACGAAAAGUACAUAUAAACGCAUUGUGGAGAGGCGAGCGUGUGCAGUGUGAGCGCGAUAUCAAGAGAGAGAUAGAGAGAACCAGUGAAAGGGAGUUGUUAAGCAGCGUAGACUUGCAACGAGAGCAGCUUGCCACAACUGGAACUGUUUUUAGUUGCAACGAGCGCGUGUAUUCGUAACGACGGGUGGUGUGGGUACACAACAACUGCAACAAAAACCAAUAGUCGUCGGGCUAGUUGCAAGCAAAAGGUGGUCACGCAAGUCCAAAGCAACAUACGAACAAAAACAACAACGAUUGACUAAAUAACAAACCGCCAGUCAAUAAGGAAGCAGCGCUCGGCGACAACACAACACACCAAACAAAAAGGUGCAAAAGGAAAACAAUAAAGCCAGCUGUCGGCUAAUACCCUGUGCUGGAACUAAAACACGCACACACACAGACAUUUACAUACGCACCACGACAGCGAGCGCUACACUUUACACCUUUUAUCCUCAACGAAGUGGAGUGGAAAAUAGACUUGGCUGACGGAUUGACUGAAAAGAGUCACAGAAGUGCCGUAUGAAACGCAACACGGCAGAAUAGUUUUUGUUUCUGAAGUGCGCGCUCACACACGCAGGGAAUUGCAGCAGAAACGUGUCGGUUUUGUUACGAAAGAAAUUAGCGCCCAAACGAGGUGGACAAAUCGCCGAGAGUAGUGAGCAUUCGCAAACAGGGACGUGACGCGUAAAUCACUGCGGUACGCUAAAACCGAUAAAAAAGCGUUAAAAAAGCAAUAGCGACAACAAUAACAACGUGUAGUGGCUAGUUUACAGUUAAUGGUGACGCAUUCGCAAAUGCAAAUUUCAUACGAGUAUUAUUAUUAUGGGUCGCUCCAAGUUUCCCGGGAAACCAUCCAAGUCGAUUAAUCGUAAACGCAUCAGUGUAUUACAAUUAGAUGACGAUGCGUCGACGACGACGACGACGGAGCCGGAGGAUGGUGUAAGCGCGGCGGCAACGACGUGUGUUGGCGGCGAUAAGCGCAGCGGCGGUAACUGUGAUGACGACGAAGAUGGACACAAUAAGAAAGGUGGUGGACCCGGUGGCGGUGGCACGAGCAUGGGUGGGGGUGGUGCCGGCGGCAGUGAGGCCGGUACGAGCGGUGGCACUGGGGGUGGAGAUGGCGCACGUAAUGGCCGCAAUGUGAAUGGCAACAGCAGCGCCGGCAACAACGGCAGCAGCAAUGGCACAAGUGGCGCUAGCGCUAGCGAUAGUGUUACCACAUACAAGCAAUGUGCUGCUACGAAAAACACCGCUGAGACGGCAGCGAAAAGAGCAGUGAUUGGCAAAGGCAAGAGUAGGAGCAGCAAUCGUGGCAAAAGAAAGCACAAGGAUACUAAAGAUAAAAGGCUUGCAACUGCCCUGGAUGACAACAAACACAGUGAUGAAAGUGCGGAUAAAGCAGACGAUGAAACGCGCGCAACGCGCCAUACAACAGCAGCAGCAGCAACGAAUGAUAAAGUUGAUGUUGCUGGCGAUUGCACGGUGGCUGUGGCAGCGCAUAAUGCGAAAAAGCAACAGCAGCAAGCUGCCAUAAUUACAAUGGCAACUGGAGAUGAAGAUAAGAUGGUUGCGAACGACGCAGAUAUGCAGGCGGUUGCUGAAAACGAUGAAGAUGACGGCUGUGAUGUUGAUGGCGUUGUCGAUGACGAUGACGAUAUCGACGAGGAUGAGUACGAGGAUGACAAUGCAUCGUCUACUAGUCGCAAAUCACAGCAAUCCGCCAGCUCCGCAGUCUCCACGUCAAACUCCUCCACCAUUACAACCACCAGCAAUAACAAUAGCAGCAGCACAGCGUCGGUAGCGUUGGCAUUUAGUCGCAGUAAGCGUGAUGGUAAAUUUAAAAACUUGAAUCUUGCCAAGCCUGAGGUGAUGUUGCCUUCAUCGGCCAAAUUACGGCAACUACAAAAGCAAAAUCAACUUAAUUGCUCAUCUCCGCCACCAACAGGACCAGCAGCACUGACAACAAUUGCCAGCAGCAGCAGCGCUGGCAACAACAAUGCCACCCUAACAAACUGCAACAAUAUAAGUACAACAAUACCCAGAGCGACAACACCGACCGCAAUGUUAUUUACGCGCAUCUCAAAUCCCUUCGCUGUCGCUGGCAAAAUUUGUGCGACGACGGCCGACACCGAUGACGACGACGAGGCAUCGUGUAUCAUGGCCGUUGAUGCGGCAAUAAAUGGCAGUGUGGGCACAAAAACUGCGCAAAACGGUGACAGUAGCGUUGGUGGUGGUGGUGUUGUUGUUGGUGCCGGUAGGGAAGACGGUUGUGCUGACAACGAAGGCGCUGCACUGAAAUCCAACAUGAAAACGAACGAAAUGCCUACAACCAGCUGCAGCAGCAACCAAAGGCCCAGUGAUAGUACGACAGCAGCGGCCGGCAGCCACAGUAUUGGUGAGUCAACCACUUCAGCCACAACGACAAGCGGCAAAGACAGCAGCAAAGCAGCCGCAAGCACAAGUAUUCCAGCAGCGACUACGGCCGUGGUUAGUAAUGCCUGCUCCACAACGUCCACAUCAGUAGCCGUAGUGUCCUCGUCAUCAUCUUCGUCGUCGUCGUCCUCGUCAGCUUCGUCAACCGCAUCGGGUGGCAAGCAGAAAAAGACCGUCACAUUCAAGAAUAUACUCGAGACGAGUGAUGAUAAGAGCGCCGUGAAGAAGUUCUACAAUCCCGACAACCGUACACCGCUCAUCUCGAUCAUGAAGAAGGAGUGCAUGAAUCGGCCAUUAUUGUAUUCACGCAGCAGCGAAUGUAUUGUGCGACCAUCGCGCCUAACCGAGAUACUCAAGAAUAAUUCAAAUAUCGACAAACUGAAUUCCUUAAAAUUCCGCUCCAGCCACACCAUCAGCGGUGGCGAAGCAACGGCAGCAACAAAAACAUCGCUGAGCGCUGCCGGUAUAACGUCGUCAACAACCGCAGUCAUAGCUUCGGUGUUCGGCGGUUCGGCGCUCGCCUGUGCUUUCGGCGCGCCAGCUGCCUUUGCCGAUGACCGCAAGCAUGACACAGUGGCAUUUAGGUUAAGUGAGACUAGCAAGCAAACCGCAAACGGUUAUGCAAACGAUAUCAAUCCCAAGCGUGAGCAUGGUGUGGAGAGCGCUGAUUAUGUGCGUGGCGGUGGCGCUACAUCUAACGGUACACACGGGCCAGCUGGCGAUUUCGAGCGGGACGAUGAUGAUAAUGCCAAAGUCAAAGCUGCUGAGGAGGAAGAUGAGGCUGCGGAGGAGGAGGACGACGAAGAGGAACAGCAAAUUGUGGUCGACAAGCAUUUCGUUCUGCCGAAACGUAGCACACGUUCGUCGCGUGUCAUCAAGCCGAAUAAAUGGUUACUGGAAGAUGGCAUCAUUUGCAAGAAGGUAUCACAUACCAAGCCGAAGCAAACACAUACGACCACAACAGCGCCGGCGGUGUCAACGACAACAACUACAGCAACAAGCAGUGGCGGUAACGUUGGCACAGCGAAGAAGGAGCAACAAAACUAUUUCGGCUUAGGUGACUACACAGAGGCCGGCACCGGUGCUGGCGAUAUUUUAGGUAUCAAAAGCGUCAAGGAUAACAAGAGCACAGGCUUCGGUGCAACCACAUUCGGUUCGAACUUCUCCUCACUGAAGGCGAAUAGUUUUGUUUUGCGACAGCCACGUUUGCAAUUCGACUCACUCGCCGAACGUAAUGCCACAGUGACAAAAUCCUUAAAUAAUCCAGCAAUGGCACCGUUGUCCAUAACCGUGCCGAAACCGCAGACAACAACAUUGGGUUUAAAGUCAUCAUUAUCCAAUAGCACAGCUGGCAGCACAUUCGGCAUGAGCAGUGUCAAUAAUUUGUUGAGCAAAAGCUCUCCAGGAUCAUCCUCCACACUGUGCAGCGUCUGCAGCACACCCGUGCAUUGCAGCAAUUUACAGCAGUCACGGAAGUUUGGUGUGCCGGCGUGCAUAGCAUGUCGCAAAUUCAUCUCGAAAAUCUCAAAAAACAGCUCAAAUACAUCACUAAAGAACUCGCAACUGCACUGCAAGGGAGACGGUAACUGCACGCUCCAACCGCACAUAAAAAGCCAUAUUAAGAACUUCAAAAAAAUCUACAAAGAGCGCUGCACCUCGUGCUGGCUGAAAAAGUGUCUACAAACGCUGCAAUUGUCACCCGGUGAUAAGUUAAGCUUAAGCGCCGCAUUGCCGCAUUCACUGCUCAAACAAGUGGAGGCGAAACGCGAACGCGACCACGAAGAUGAAGUUGAGCCAACGGCACGCAAGGAACCCGAUUUGUCCGAUCUCUCACCAACUGGCGGACUGUUUGGGACAGCACGUUUCAAAUGGAAGUCCACGUUGGAUGCAAGUGAGGGCUUGAAAUUGAAUCUGAAGAGCAAUCCACUGGCGGAGAAUAAUGCAACAUUCGGCAGUUCGGCUAUACUGCGACCGCCCAUAUUGGAGAAGCCGCUCUUCCUGAAAAGUCCAAUUGAGGUAACGCCGUCAUUGCAGCAGCAAGAGAAGCUGGAGAAAACAAACAGCACAAACAGCAAAAGUGAAAGUAAAGUGCAAGAACAGCCGGUAGCCGAGACCAGCACACAGCGUGUGGCAAAGAGUAAGCGUAGAGAGAAAUUGGAAAAGGAGAAACAGCGUGAGAAAGAUAAGGAAUGUCCCAGUAAAGCGCCAGAAAAGGAGAAGGAACAAGAAGUAAAUCAGCUAAAGACGGUGGCGAAUAACAAAGUAACAGUUACUGAGAACGUGACGCAUGCGCUGGCUGUCCAAACAAAAGCUGAUACUAAUGAGAUACUCACAAGAUCGGCAAAAGCUGCAUCACUAUCUCCAGUAACCACAAAUACUGCUGGUUCAGAAGCAAGUGGUGCAGCGUCAGUUGUUACCGCCACACAAGCCCUAACUGCAACAACAACGACUGGCAGCACAACCACAACAACAACCAGUGAACCGAAGCGUCAGCGCAUAGACUUGAAGGGGCCCCGCGUAAAGCAUGUCUGUCGCAGUGCGUCAAUCGUGCUUGGACAGCCAUUGGCCACUUUCGGUGAGGAAACCGAAGAGGACGAUGAAGACAGGCUAACAAUAGCCGAAUGCAAAGUGACUGCGGAAACACAGGCAGAGCUGACACCAGCAACCGCUAAGGCGGAGGAAAUUGUGAUCGAAAGUAGUAAUGAGGCUACAACAACAGCAACAACACUUGAGGAGGCACCAGGACAAGCAGUAAAAGUAGCAGUAGAAUUGAAAGCAACGCCCAGCGCUGAGAAAACUAGUAGCAUUGAUAAAGAAGAGUUGGCGCCUACACAACCGCCUACUCAGUCGGUAACAGUGGCGAAACCAAGUGAAAGCGUUAAGGCCACGGCACUUGUUGAAUUUAGCAUACCAACAGCAGAAUCUCAUGCGGGACAACCAGCAGCGAAGACGGCGAAAAUCAGCAGCAUUGCAAUGGCUGAAAAGAAAGAUUACAUAGCUACCGAUGAAAUAGUAGUGGAGGCAACCGAAAAACCUUUGCUGCCAUUGCAGCCCUCCAAGGCAGUCACACGCAACUCGAACAACAGUAAUAUCAACCUGCAAAUACAACGCAGCACCACAACGUCCACCUAUGCCACGACAUUUGGCAAGAAACCGAUACGUCAAAUCAGCAGCGAUGUCAACAUAGCAUAUCAACAACAACAGCAACAACAGUUAUUGCGUCGCAAAGAGCCACACAAGGCGAAAACAUUGAUCUCAAUCGAUUUCUGGGAGAACUACGAUCCGGCUGAAGUGUGCCAAAGCGGCUUCGGCCUCAUCGUCACCGAGACAGUAGCACAACGCGCACUCUGUUUCCUCUGCGGUUCGGCGGGCUUAGAGCCACUGAUCUUCUGCGCCUGCUGCUGUGAGCCAUAUCAUCAGUAUUGCGUAAUGGAUGAGUAUAAUUUGAAGCAUUCCUCACUGGACGACACCAUGCUCAGCUUUAUGGAUAUUUCGACAAUGGGUCACAGCACCGCUGCACCCACACCCGAGCAACUAAAUCAAAUAACAAAUCGCCUAAAUUGGCUUUGUCCACGCUGUACCGUCUGCUACACGUGUAAUAUGUCGUCCGGUUCGAAGGUGAAAUGUCAGAAAUGUCAAAAGAACUAUCAUUCCACGUGUCUGGGCACUAGCAAACGGCUGCUGGGUGCCGAUCGUCCACUCAUCUGUGUGAAUUGUCUCAAAUGCAAAUCGUGCGCCACAACAAAAGUCUCGAAAUUCGUCGGCAAUCUGCCAAUGUGCACACCAUGUUUCAAGUUGCGCAAGCGCGGCAACUAUUGUCCGAUCUGUCAGAAAUGUUACGACGACAAUGAUUUCGAUCUGAAGAUGAUGGAGUGUGGCAACUGUAAUCAUUGGGUGCAUUCGAAGUGCGAAGGCCUCUCCGAUGAACAAUACAACCUGCUGAGCACACUACCCGAGGCCAUAGAAUUCAUUUGCAAGAAAUGCGCGCGUCGCAACGAAGACUGCAAAAUGAAGGCAGCCGAAUGGCGCAUGGCCGUGUCGGAGGAAUUCAAGAGCAGUCUAAUGAGCGUGCUCAAGCUGCUGAGCAAGUCACGGCAGGCAUGUGCGCUACUCAAGCUAAGUCCGCGCAAGAAAGUGCGUUGCGUUUGUGGCAAUAGUACCGCGCAGUCUAGCAGUCGCGCGCAGCCAAAGAGUCUACAGUUCAGCAGUGAGACCGAGAGUUUGCCGCGCACAUUAGCCGGUAGUGAUGGUGAAUCUCAAUGCAGUGAUGUCUACGAAUUCAAAGAUAAACCCAGUGAGGACCUGCUGCAAGACAAAUGCACUUGCCAGCUGAAGACGUCCAACUAUAGUAGUGUAUACGGCACUGGCAGCGCACAAGCGUGCAAUCUCAGUUUAAUGGAUAUUAAGAAGAAAAUCAACAAUAACGACUAUGUUUCACUAGCUGAAUUCAACUACGACAUGAUCAAUGUCAUACAGAGUGUGAACUGUGAUGAAUUGGUGAUUGCCUACAAUGAAAUAUUGAGUGAGCAAUUUCCUUGGUUUCAAAAUGAGACAAAAGCAUGUACCGACGCGCUCGAAGAGGACAUGUAUGAGUCCUGCUCCUAUUCGUUGGGCAAUUCCAUGGAUGCACAAGAUGAUUUUGUCGAAGAGCAGCACAAUCGUUCAGUACUCGAUCUGCCGGAAGAUAUCGAAGAGGUGCUAUACUCGCUGAAACCGCGUGACGAUCUACGUACCUGCCUUUUCUGUCGCAAAUCCGGUGAAGGGCUCUUCAAUGAAGAGUCGCGUCUGCUGUAUUGCGGUCACGAUUGCUGGGUGCACACGAAUUGUGCCAUGUGGUCGGCUGAGGUUUUCGAGGAAAUCGAUGGUUCCUUGCAGAAUGUGCACAGCGCAAUUGCGCGCGGUCGCAUGAUAAAGUGCACAGUUUGUGGUGGUCGUGGCGCCACAGUAGGUUGCAAUGUUAAAUCCUGUGGUGAACAUUAUCACUAUUCAUGCGCGCGCAACAUCGCCUGCGCAUUUCUUACUGACAAGUCGGUUUACUGUCCGGAGCAUGCGCGGAAUGCGUUGCGUAGCAAUACUUCGCUGACGAUCGAAACUAAUUUCGAAGUGGCGCGUCCUGUCUAUGUGGAGCUAGAUCGUAAACGUAAGAAGCUGUUGGAGCCCAGCAAAGUACAGUUUCAUAUCGGUUCGCUUGAGGUUAAACAAUUGGGCACGGUCUUUCCGCGUUUCUCCGAUACCUAUGAGGCUCUUAUACCGAUCAACUUUCUCUGCUCACGUUUGUACUGGUCAUUCAAGGAACCAUGGAAGGUCGUCGAGUAUACAGUACGCACAGUUGUGCAAAACAACUACUCCACAUUGACUGCGCUCGAUGCUGGGCGCAAUUUCACUGUGGAUCACAGCAAUCCAAAUGUUUCACUGGUUCAACUGGGUCUCGCGCAAAUCGCCUGUUGGCAUAGCAGUCUGGCGCGUGGUGAAUCGAUGGACUACGACGCAGUUGAAUUGCGUAAUUCAACGCUGACAAAACUGCUACCCGAGUACUUAAUGCAGAGCCAGAAUUCUUGCCCAGCACCAGAUGAGAAUACGGAAGAAGAGCCGCAAACGAAUGCCGAUUUGUUACCACCGGAGAUCAAGGAUGCCAUUUUUGAAGAUUUACCGCAUGAUUUGCUCGACGGCAUUUCAAUGCUUGAUAUCUUUCCCAAAUGUAUGAUUUACGAAGAGAUGUGCGGCACCAGUGAAGGCAGAACGGCUGAGAUGUAUCUGAAUGAACAGUCGAAAGAUGGCGCUGUCAAUUCAACUUCUAUUUCCGCGUUAGCUGCAUCAAAUGCUAUCAACAGCGGCAACUGUAGCGCCUCUAGUGCUCAGGUGUCGGAUGAGGAUACAGCGAAUUCGUCACUCAGCAAACAAUUGGAGCUCAGCAAUUCCUGUUCAUCAAUCAACGCCGCCAUGGCCAUCGGCCACGUUGAGGAUGCGUUAUUGUCCUGCACACGUGCCACAAGCACACAGUUGAAACGUGCAAUGUGCGCCACAGAGUUGCAACGCAGCUCGGCCGAAAUUCGCAAGAAAACAUUCAGCAAAUUUGAAAGCGCCAGCACAGUCGCGGCUGCUGCGGUAAUAAAAAAGCGAAAACUCAACAAGGGUCUACCCGAGCUACGAAUUACCGAGAGCAUACUACAGAGUCUGAGUCAGCAGCGCACAAAGAAGGACAAUGCAACAAUAGCCCUGAGCGCUUCACGGCGCCAGUCAGUUUCGAGUGAAUCGGAAAGUGCCACUACGCUACGCACAAAGCAAUUCACAUGGAGCGCCGCUAAGCGUUAUAUUGAACCGCACAUAGCCGUCGAAAAGGAUGAAACGAAAAUUAAGCUGAUGCAAGUUGACGGCGUAGACGAUUCCAUCACUGAGUACCGCAUAAUCACCAGUGACACGCAGUUCACCGGCACCGUCAAGUGUGAACGCUGUCAGUGCACCUACCGCAACUAUGAGUCCUUUCAACGUCAUCUUGCCACCUGUGAGCCGCUUUCCACCAGCGAAUCUGAGUCUGAAGCCACCUCACGCUCACCGGGUUCAACAGCGAACGGUAGUCCACCGCUGGCCGGUAUGGAUGCCAACAUCGAUCUGAGCAAACUGGGGCAAGCGCAACGCACAGCUACGCUCACCAGCAGCGCCAACAGUAUGCCCUUUCUACAGGCCUUCUCACAGGCAAUACCACUCGGCAGCAUACAGGCGAAUCUCAAUGGCAUACCUAUUGCGAAUAUGAGCAAUGGUUUCCAAAGCGUACAGGGAUUGCAGAAUAUACAGACCUUACAAAACAUACCGGGCUUGCAGAAUAUACAAUUGCAAAGCUUGCAGACACCGCAGUCACUUGGCGGUGGUUUCUUCAUUUCACCGGCGAAUCCAACCACAUCAACCACCGAUGAAGUACAGCUGUUGAAUUCGCUGCAAAGCUUGACGGCGAAUUUGAAUGGCACCUACACCUUGGCACCCACUGCCGGCUUUGGCACCACCACAGUGCAGGCAGCACAACAGCAGCCACAACUAAUCGCCGUCUCCUCAUCACCCGAUGGCACACAACAGAUCAUACAGCUACCGUCGGGUGUCACAACACAAUCGAUGACCAACCAACCGCUGUUGCAGGGCAUCAACGCUUUCCAAACACUUCAGACGACAAAUGGUGAAAAGAAGUUUGUGCUGCCAAUUGCCAGCGGCAAACCGUUAAAGACGGUCGCCACAAAAGUUGCGCAACAAGCAGCCAACGCGGUGAAAAAUAAAUUGAAAACCAACAGUAAUACCGUUAAACCGAUACAAUCGAAGACUGUAACGGUAUCACAACCCUCCAUGCAGUCGUUGGCAACAGCCACGCCCAUCACAGUGCUGAAUACUGGCACCAACGCCACACAAUUGCUCAACCAGAAUUUGCUACAACAAAUGCAGGCCGCCGGCUUAACGGCCGCCACCACCACCACACAGCAGCCACAGUUGCUCUUCCAAACCGGCAACGGCCAGCAGCAGCCGAUCGUCAUGCAACAGCUGAGCGCGCCGAACGCUACAGUGCCGCAGAAUAUUAUCUCCUUUGUGACGACCGAUGGCACACAAACGCCACAGGUGCAAUAUAUGACCAUACCCACGGCUAAUGAUUUUAAGCCACAAACACAGGCGACACCAUUCAUAACGGCAACCGCAACACCGGCACCGACGAAUCAAUUCUUGCAAGGCGCAUUUCUGCAAACGGACGCCAGCGGUAAUCUGAUGCUUACCACUACCCAAACACCGACGGGCUUGCAAAUGCUAUCUGCUACGCCGUUGAAUAUAGCAACCGCAACGCAAGCGCCCCCGCAACCGCAAGUGAUCGGUACGCUUAUAAAUCCGCAGACGCUGCAGUUGGGCGGUAAUGUCAUAGCGACAACAACGGAUCCACAACAACAGCAACAGGUGAUAAUUGGUGGCGGUGCGACGGGACUGGAGAUGAUAGCCGCAUCGAAUGCGUCCGCACCGCAAGUCAUACUCUCCACCCAGCCAAUGUACUACGGGCUGGAGACGAUUGUGCAGAAUACAGUGAUGUCGUCACAGCAAUUCGUGUCCACCGCCAUGCCGGGCGUGCUCAGUCAAAAUGCCAGCUUUUCAGCGACCACCACGCAGGUUUUCCAGGCCAGCAAAAUUGAGCCGAUUGUCGAUAUACCAACUGGAUAUGUUGUACUCAACAAUGUUGAUGGGACGUCGUCAAUUGUACAGCAACAACAACAACACCAGACUACAACACAACAACCGAAUUUCCUUAAUGCUGCCACGGUGAUACAACAGCAGCAGCAACAACAAACACAACAGCAAACUGCACAGAGCAGCGAAUUACAAAGCAACGAACAACAACAACACCAACAAAUUUUCCGCUUACAAACAACUGACAAUAGCGUUUCAGUUGCAGUAACGGCAGCGACGAUCACACCAACUGUGACAGCGUCCACUUUCCAAUUCCAGCCACAAUUGGUGGAACAGCAACAACAACAACAACAGCAAACAAACAAUAAUGUGCAUGUUGUCACCGCUAAAGUACCGCCGGUUGCACAGGUGAAACGCAGUAACGCCGUAAAGGCAACAACCGUUACGAAGGUGCAGCCGCAGCAAGUGGUGAAUAAGGUGUUGCCCACCACAAUGACGCAGUCCACGCAGCAAGCGCCCAAAUUAAGUAACAAUAACAAAGCGCAACAACAACAACAAGCGUAUGCACGCAACGUCGCAGUGUCUAACGCGGCAGUAGCAGCCACAGCCGCGGCAGCAGCUGUUGAGGCACACAUCACACUGACACCGGUCACAAAAGCAACAACGCCCCAACACAGCAGCAUUGCUUACACCAAAGUGUCCAAUCACACAGACACUGCCGCUGUGUCCAUAUUUGUGACAUCAGUUUCGACAACAACAACAACGACAAGCAGCAUCAACCAGACGACCACGGUGAAGACAUUGCCUACCGUGGCGGCAACAGUGACGACGGCGGCGCGCAAAACCAACAUGAUCCGACCAAUCACCGCCAAUAAGGCGGAGGUGAAGCCGAAAGUGGUGAAGACGACUGCGACCACGGCGAAUAAACAGCAGCAGCAACAACAACAGUCAUCGGCGCCACAACUGCAGCUGCAACAACACCAACAGUUGCCACAACAACAGCAGCAGCAGCUACAGACGCCACAACCGCCCACCCAACAAGCGAUGAAAAUGGCAAUGCUGAAGCCACAACCACAAACAGCGCAAGUUUGCUUGCCACAAGCACAGCAGCAACAGCAGCCGCAACAACAACAGCAACCACCACAACAACAACAACAGCAGUCACAAUUACAGUCGCAACAAUUUUCUGCGGAGCAGCCACAUAGCCUGCCAUCAGCAUCCGUGUCCUCGGCUGCCAUACCAGUGCCGCAGAGUGCAGGUACAGGCAAUAACAAUGUCAACAACAGCAAAUUGCUGGAAUACCAGCAGUCAACCACUGUGAUGCAAACACAAAAUUUUGCCGAGGCGCCACAACAGCCGUACAACAAUGCGCCCACAGUUAUGUACAACAGUGGCGGCGUCGUGCCGGAGGAGCAACAUCCACCAGCACCGCACCUAACCAACGGCAAUAUAUCGCACAGCUACGACUGCAGUCACCAGCAGCAGCAGCCGCAGUUGCCACAUACGCAACAAAUUGAGUUUAACAGUCUCAGUUUGGAGCAGGUGGAGAGCUUCGCGCCGCCCACGCCGCAGCAACAGGAACCGCAUGAGCAGGAGAACAGCAUCUUGGCGGUAGCGCAUACGCACACCAAUAGCAAUGCCGCAUUGACGGGUAUUAACAACAACACCAACAACGGCAAUGCGCGUUGCCUGCAAUACACGAACUCGGCGUUCGGUAACGUCAAUGUUCCGACCAACAUCGUGAAUCCACUGCAACAAACACUACAGUACAACAACAACAGCGGUAACAACACCAACGCCACGACAACAACAAUGGGUUCACGUCCCACAAAUCGUGUAUUGCCCAUGCAGCAGCGGCAAGAGCACAUAGUCGCCACAACGCCGCCGCUGCAAGUCAAACCGCCGACCGGCGUCAUGCCGAAACUGUCCGUUAUGAGCGCAGUGGACGCCAAGUGUUAUGAGAGCAGGAACGCGGGGAACAGUGCUAAGAUCUAUUAUGAAGCGGAGGUGAAGAAGGAUGAGCAAAUGAUGCACAUGCUGCACUCGCCGCAACUCCACCUCCACCAACAGCAGCAACAACAACAACAGGUCAUGCAAAUGCAACUACACGAAUCGCAUCAAGAAACGGCGAUCAUGAUGAAAUCGCUAUCGCCUGAGUCACAUUUCGUCGAUGACUCUAUUAAGUGUGACUUGGAUCUGAUAGAAACCGAGACUACCCUGUCGACGACUUGCCAGCAGUUACAGGAAAUGGUCCACAACAAUUUGCCGCGCUACACGGGCACCUGUCUGGUGGCAAAUGAGAAGCCCAAAGAGAUGACACCCACACCGGAAGAGGCAUAUGGGCUCAAUGGUCAUGUGGAUGCCAUGGCUGGUAGUGAUAUAUGCGAGCAUGAUGGUGAUUGUAUGGACGAUAUGGAUGAUGAUGAGGACGACGAUGAGGAGGACGAAGAUGAAGACGAUGAUGGCUUUAGCUUGAAAAUGCCCACUGAGGAUGACGAUCACGACAUGUCCGACAGUGAUGAGCCCGCUGUGAAAGAGAAAAUUAGCAAAAUACUCGAUAAUCUAACGAAUGAAGACUGCGCCGACUCGCUGGCCACAGCCACAACAGCCGAAGCGACAAAUCUGGAGUUGAAUAACGUAAACUAUCUGAGCGGCAUGCCAGGUGUCGGUGCUAAAAUGAAUGCCGACGCAAUUAAGUAUCAGAAUGACAUCCCCAACAACUACAACGCAGGCGUAAGCGCGGAGGAUACGGCCGAUGUGGCAGCAGCCGCUACAGAAUACAUCACACAAAUGGCCGCCAAGAUGAGCGCACACAUGCCCAGUGGCUCGCUCGAAGUGAUAGGCACAAAUUUCGAUUUGCAGAAACUCGCGCCCAAACUAAUGCCACCCAUGCCUAUGAAUACGAAUGCAAACCACUGUGCGGCCGCGCAACAAUGCGACGAAGUACGUACACAUGAGCCUUUAUUGGCGACACGCAAACCAACACCACCGCCGCCGCCACCACCGCAACGCGAUCCGAAGAAAAUCACCGGUCCACACUUGCUCUAUGAGAUACAAAGCGAAGACGGUUUCACCUAUAAGUCCAGCUCAAUUGCGGACAUUUGGGAGAAAGUCUUUGAAUCAGUGCAGGUGGCGCGUCGCGCACAUGGUUUAUCGCCCCUACCGGAGGGUCCACUCGCAGAUAUGGCCGGUGUGCAAAUGAUGGGUCUAAAGACGAAUGCGCUGAAGUAUCUCAUCGAACAGUUGCCGGGUGUGGAGCGGUGCACCAAAUAUACGCCGAAAUACCAUAAACGCGCAACAACAAACACGCAUUCAGCGUCAAUAAGUGGCGGUCCAUCAGCCGCGGCAGGUAAUAACGCCGCGGUGGCAAGCGCCACGCUCGCGUGCAGCAAUAUGGAACUGAAUGGUUCACUAGACUACACGUCCGAUCCAGAUGAGCUGCAGGAGAAUCCAUACGAUAGUGCGCGCUGUGAACCAUAUUCGACGCGCUCCGAAUACGAUAUGUUCAGCUGGUUGGCAUCCAGGCAUCGCAAACAACCGAUACAGGUGUUUGUGCAGCCCUCCGACACUGAGCUCAUACCGAGACGCGGAACAGGCAGUAAUCUACCGAUGGCUAUGAAAUAUCGCACGCUCAAGGAGACCUACAAAGAUUAUGUUGGCGUCUUCCGCUCACACAUACAUGGACGCGGUCUCUACUGCACAAAGGACAUCGAAGCGGGCGAAAUGGUUAUUGAAUAUGCAGGCGAAUUGAUACGUUCCACUCUAACCGAUAAGCGUGAGCGCAACUACAAUAGUCGAGGCAUUGGUUGCUAUAUGUUUAAGAUAGACGAUAAUUUGGUGGUGGACGCAACUAUGCGCGGCAAUGCGGCGCGUUUUAUAAAUCACUCUUGUGAGCCCAAUUGCUACUCCAAAGUGGUGGAUAUACUCGGACAUAAGCACAUAAUUAUAUUCGCCUUGCGCCGCAUCGUACAAGGCGAAGAGCUAACCUAUGAUUACAAAUUUCCAUUCGAGGAUGAGAAGAUACCCUGUUCCUGUGGUUCCAAGCGUUGCCGAAAGUACUUAAAUUGAAGCGUUAUAAAGAAAAGUGAAAAAAACCAGAAUAGAACAAAAACAACAAUGCAAAAGAGCUUGGAUCAUAAAUUAAAUAUUUGUAUAUACAUACUCAUUAAAAAACCCAGAAUUGUUUGCGGACCCUCUUUGCUAUACACAUUAAACGCCGCGCUACACUAGUGGAAUAAAAGGCGACACGCGCGGACGGUUUAAUCGAAUAUGUUGAUAUUAUUGAUAGAUUGCAGACAUGUCAGUAUUCACCAAUAAUGAAUUUUAAUUUUCGUUUAUUAUAUAUAUACUUAGUGACACAUAUACAUAUAUAUACACACACACACACACACACAAUUAACAAAACGUGAUUAUAAUGGAAACUUAAUUAACUUAGUUUUACUUAUUGACUACUAAACUAAACAUAAACACACACAAGCAUAUAUAUAUAUAUAUUUAUAUAUAUAUAUACUUAGUUAUAUAAAUAUGUAGGUGAAACGUUAUGAAAGAAAAAUUAAGCAAAAAAUUAUGCAUUGCUGGUGUGUUUGUUGCAAACAAUUGAUGAAGAAUUGUAUUAUGUCUAUACAAAACGUAUUUAUUAUUGAGUAAAAAUUAAUAUAUAUAUAUAAAUACGUACACACAUACAUAUAUACAUAUAUAUAUAAUACUAAUAAUAUUGCUAUUAACAACUUUAUGACUUAAUGUUAUAAUUGUUUGACUAAUUAAUAAUACAUACAUACACAUAUAUAUGAAAAGUGUAAACAAAAAUUACUGUUUGAUAAAAAAUUAUAAAAUAAAACUAAUAAGUAACUGUAAUAAUCCAAUCUGUGUAUGUUGAAAAAGUAAAUGUAUAUGUAUAUUACGUUUAAUUAUAAUUUCAAAGUAUGCUUUCACAUUAUAUACACACAUACAAACAUACAAACAUACAUUGCUAAAAACUAUAAACAAAAAAUUCAAAAAUAAUUAUAAUUAAAAUUAAAAAUAAUUAAUCUAAAAAAAAAAAGUUAAAAAUAGUUAAAAAUCUACUUUUAGGCGCUUAGCAUAGUCUAGAAUAAAGAAUGUGUAUGUUUGCAGAGCAGUGUAACUAACAAAAAAAAAGCAAAAUUAAAAAUGUUUAGACUCUGUCCUUUCAGUUUUCUAAAAGCGUUAAUUGAAAUUUCGACAAAAAUUGUAAGCAUUAAAGUUAAAAGUAAACUCUUUACAGGGUAUCUUUUUUAUUAUAUUACCAUUAAUUGAUAAUGUCAAUUGUAAAUAUUUGCGACAAAAAAAGUUAUUUAUAUAUACCGUAUAUAUACAUAUAGUUUUAUUAUGAUUUCUAUGUGUUAGUUAUUAUUGUAGGGCGAAAUUGGCGAACGAGAUUUUUAUGUUGCGGCAGAUCAAGCGCAAAAUGUAUUGUGAGACUUAAAAUUGUAUAAGAAUUAAAAACAAAAUAUAUAUACAUACAUAUACAAAAACAAAAUCACAAAAAUUACAUGUUAUUACACACAGUUGAUGUUAAAUGAGUGAGCAUACAAGCUAGCGGAAUUGUAAACGGUACACAAUAUUGCUGUCGAUACGUAAUAGGUGGCAUAAAAUAGUAAAAUAAAUUUAAAAUUUAAAAUUAUUGAAAAAAUAUGUAAAAACUGCGUAAGCAUCACAAUCACUCAGCGUAAAAAUGUUUACAUUUAUUGCAAGUAUUUUACGAUAUAUGAGUGUUAACGGACAUAAAUACAUUUUUUAUUAUUUUGUUUAUAUUUAUUAUUUUAUUAUUUAUUAUAUUUUUUUAUUUUGUUUUUUUUUUAUAUUUUUUUUUCUUAAUAUUUUUUUAUAAUUUUUCUUAUAACUAUCAUACUUUUUUUUAACUUUGCAUACAGCUUUUACUCAAACACACAGCAGUCAGAUAAUUAAAUACAUUUUGAAAAAAUACGCAAAAUUAAUCUCAAAGGUUUAAGGAAAAUAAUUUUCUUUAAAAAUUAAUUUAUUAUUAGUUUCCAUUUUUUGCUCAUUAAUAUUUAUUGACCCGACAAUAUGUAAUAAAAGUCGUUACGUAAAAUUUUUUUAAAUAUAAAAUUACGAAUAAUUAUUCCGUCUUAAAACAUAUAUAUUUUUUUUAACAAUUACAUAUUUUUUUCAUUAUUAUUUUUUUCAAAACUAAUUUUUAUGUUCAAAAUAAUUUUGUUUUUUUCAAUAAUAGUUUCUUUUUUUUUCAAAAAUCAUUUUUUUUUUUUCAAAAUAUAGGUUCCAUUUUCUAAAACUAUUUAUAUGUGUAAAUUUAUAGUUUUCAAGAAAAACAAACAAGUCAUAAAACUUGCUUUCAGAACGACUAGAGAUUAUAAGCUUGCACAGAUUUUCAAAUAGAAUUAACAAUAAAAUAAACUGCAAUAACUGAAAUUCUGCUCAUACAGACUGUGUAAGGAAAUUUCUUUAACUUCAAUUGCGAUUCCCAAUAGUGGCAACUGCUCAACAAACCCCCUACACCCAGUCCUUUUGGUUCUUAAGCCACAAUAAACAGCUAACACACAUAAAAAAACUAUAAUUAUACAAAAUAUAUAUGUAUAGGCACAGCAACAACAACACCAUACACAUAUAUACACACUCAUACCCAAAACUGUAUGUGUACUAUAAUUGUAUUUGUAAUGUAUUAUUUAAUUAUUGUCUUUGCAUUGUUUAAAUUUUUCUAAUUUGAAAAUCAAAAACCGAAAUUCAAAAAAUAAAAAAAAAGAAAUGUGCAAAAAGAAUAAAGAUUUGUAAAGCAUAAGAAAGCCGCAAAAAAUGCUAAAUUAUUAUUGUAAUUGUAUGGUGCCCAGUAGGUGGGUACACAUUUUGGCAGCCAUUCAUGCGUGUAGCAAAGGAAUUUUAAAUUUUUAUUCCCUAAAGAAAAAAAUUUUACAAAAA